CACAAGUGGACUGUACAAUGCUCUUCAUCUGCAUCAGCUGAACCAUGAGCUUGAGGAAAUCCAUCAUGCUAUCAAUGAAACACACUUGCAAAACCCCAGUAAGGAGACACAUUACCUACUAAAUGAGGUAGACCGUGCUGUUAGUUCAGCGUUUGACAGAAUGUGGAACUAUUUAAACAAUAAUGAAUAUAAAAGUUGACCAUAUUUCCAAAUGGCAUUUACAUAUUUCAGAUAAAUGUACCAUCUGUGUUAUUCUCAGUUCAUUGAAUAAGGCUAAAAAUGAUGACCAGAAGAUGUACAGAGAUGACAUCUUCAACCUAGAGACAAUGAAGAUUUCAGGAGCACUUGUCAUCAGCGUAUCAUGAACAAAAUAAGUGCUCCGGUUGUCACCAAGCUCAAUUCCAUCAGCAAGUCAUAUAUUUCUGGUGCUUGGGGCCGUGACGCCCAACUAAAUAGCAAGGAACGCUAUUGGGAGCACUGUCUGGCGAGUGGACACAAGCAUGGCAUCACAGUCAGAUUGUACAACUCGCAUGAAGAUUUCAUGGCCAACAAGAACUACAAGGACGAACCGAUUGCACCAUCCUACACUGACAAGAAUGCUGUUCAGGGUUCUGGCACCAUACUGUACGAUAAUACUGUAUUUUACCAAUGCUACAGCACAGCUGAGAUCUGCAGCUUCAACAUUACAACAAAGGAAAUCAAGCGAAUGAAGUUGAAUGGUGCUGGUAUAGACAAUAAGUUCCCUUUCUGCUACUACAGCUGCCGUGAUUGGACAGAUAUCGACCUGGAGGCUGGCCAAGACGCUGUCUGGGUGAUAUAUGCCACCGAGGAGAACCACGGCAACAUUGUUGUGAGUCGUUUAGACCCAUUGGAGCUCAAUAUCACACAUACCUGGAAGACACAUCUCUUUAAGAGGUCUGUCAGCAGCACGUUUAUGGUGUGCGGGGUCCUGUAUGCUACACGCUAUGUAAGUACUUACCAAGAAGAGGUGUUUUAUGCCUUUGAUACAACCACUGGCCAGGAGAUAAACACUCUUUCUUUGACUUUUGAGAAGGUAGCAGCAGGAAUUGCCAAUCUGAACUACAACCCUGCUGACAGGAGACUGUACUUGUAUAAUGAUGCCUAUCUUUUGGCAUAUGGCAUUUUCUACUGAGGGCUUGUCAUGUGCAGCUAACCAAUAACAUUUUUCAUAAAUAAAUGUGUUUUAAAUUCAAAA